AUGUCGGGGUCAGGAGCAGGAGCUUUCGGCGCGCCCGUGAAAGCGGCCACGUCGGCGUACAUGUUCUUCCAGGGCGACCAGUACAGCAACCACAAGGACGAGUUCGCCGGCCUGGCGCUCGGGCAGCAAGGGGCCGAGAUCUCCCGCCGGUGGCGCGAGCUCCCCCAGGAGGAGAGAUCAAGGUUUGACGCCCUUGCCGCCGAGGAUCGGAAGAGGUUCCAGGAGGAGUCAGAGGCCCGGGACGCUGAGGUCGCCGCGCGGCAAGAGGCCAACCGUGCCGCUCGCUACGCGGAUCCGGCGUCCUCGACGUAUAUGCGGGAGCGGGCCUCCGUGGAGCCUAAGAAGGAGCGGAAGGUGACCCGCGAGGAGGACAUGUCGGAGGAGAGGUUGGAGGCGAGGAGGUUGGCCAAGGAGAAGCGGGCGAAGCAAAAGGACGCUAGGUUGGCGGCCGAGGCGGAGAGCGAGCGCCAGAAGAGUAGCAUCGCGGCGGCGGCGGCGGCGACGGCUCGCAAGAGGAUCAAGUACAUCCUCCGCCAGUCGGACAUUUUCGCGACUCAUUUUGGGGUAGCCCUCAGCGACUCCGACGAGGAGGAGGAGGAAAAGGAGAAGGAGAAGGAGGAGGACGCGUCCAAGGGUGCUGCAGCGGCUGGCGGGAGCCCGUCCAAGCGGAGGCAGGCGGGGAGAGGGGCAGCGGACGAGGCUAUGGACGAUGUGAACGGGGAGGACACAGCGCCGACGUAUCUGACGAAGCAGCCGCCGUCUAUUUCGGGCGGCACGAUGCGGUCGUACCAGCUGGAGGGGUUGAACUGGAUGGUCAACUUGCAGGCCCAGGGAACCAACGGAAUCCUGGCCGACGAGAUGGGGCUCGGCAAAACUCUUCAGAGCAUCAGCAUCCUCGCCUACAUGCGUGACUUCCAGAACGUGACGGGGCCUCACAUAAUCCUGCUGCCGAAGAGCGUGCUAGGCAAUUGGCAGCUCGAGUUCAAGCGCUUCUGUCCCGACAUCCGCGUGCUUCGCCUCAGCGGGACCAAGGACGAACGUGCCGCCACCAUUCGGAACGAUCUCAAGCCCGGUUCCCCGGAGGACGAGCGAGACUGGGACGUUCUAGUCACCACGUACGAGGUGGCGAACAUCGAAAAGACGUAUCUCAACAAGAUCGGAUGGCGGUACCUCAUUAUCGACGAGGCGCACAGGCUGAAGAACGAGUCGUCUUUGUUCAGCAUGACGGUGCGCGAGCUCACGACGCAGUACCGCCUGCUCCUCACUGGAACUCCUUUGCAGAACAAUCUGCACGAGCUGUGGGCACUGCUAAACUUCCUGCUGCCGACGGUGUUCCAAGACUCUGAGGCGUUCAGCAAGGUGUUCGACCUCAACGUCGACGACGCCGACAAGAAACAGAACAUGAUCAAGCAGCUGCACAAGAUUCUCAGGCCCUUCAUGCUUCGCAGACUGAAGAAGGAGGUGGAGAAGUCUUUGCCCCCCAAGGAAGAGACGAUCCUUUUCACUAGCAUGUCGGAGGUCCAGAGGAAGGUGUACAAGGGCGUGCUAAUGCGAGACAUCGACACCAUCAACGGCACCAGCGCCGGCCGCACGGCCAUCCUCAACAUCGUGAUGCAGCUCAGGAAGUGCUGCAACCACCCGUACCUCUUCCCAAACACGGAGGACCGAAAUCUGGACCCCAUGGGAGAGCACCUAGUGGAGAACUGCGGGAAGAUGAUCCUGCUGGACAAGCUUCUUACUAGGCUCAAGGCGGCAGGGCACCGCGUCUUGGUUUUCAGCCAGAUGACCCGCAUGAUGGACAUCCUGGAGGACUUGAUGCACAUGAGGGAGUACAAGUACUGCCGUAUCGAUGGGAACACUCCUCACGACACCAGGCAGGACCUCAUCGAAGAGUACAACGCACCGGGGUCGGAGAAGUUCAUCUUCCUGCUUUCCACGAGGGCGGGGGGCCUCGGCAUCAAUCUCCAGAGUGCCGACACGUGCAUCCUAUACGACAGCGACUGGAACCCUCAGGCUGAUCUCCAGGCGCAAGACCGAUGUCACCGGAUUGGACAGACCAAGACUGUCAAGGUGUACCGGCUUGUGACGGAGGACACCAUCGAGGAGAAGGUGGUCGAGCGCGCACAGCAGAAGCUCAAGCUGGACGCGAUGGUUGUUCAGCGAGGGAUGCUGCAGGGGGAGAAAAAGCUAGAGAAGGACGAGAUGCUCGCAGCCAUCAGGUUCGGAGCAGAUGCAGUGUUCCGAUGCAAGGACACUGUCAUGUCCGACCAAGACCUGGAUGCGGUGCUUGAGAGGGGGGCUAAGAAGACCAAGGAUAUGCAGUCCAAGCUCAACGUCGCAGAAAAGGGGGACAUGCUGGACUUCAGCUUCGACGACGGCACGGGUGUGCAGAAUUUCGAGGGCAUCAACUACGGCGACCGAAAGCUGAGGGACCAAAUGCGGGCCGGGUUCAUCGACAUCGGCCGAAGAGAGCGGAAACCGGCCACAGUCAAGGCGUACGCACCACCGCCUCCCCGAGUCGAGCCCAAGAAGAUGGUGCUGAAGAUGCCGAAAGAGCUGGAGAUGCCAAAGAUGAAGGACCACCAGAUGUUCGACCGCGCAAGGAUAGUGGAGCUGCAGGACGAGCUCCAAGACAACUUCAAAGCUCUCAAGGACCGGGGAACGAAGAUACCGGUGGACGGGGCUGACAUCGCGAGCAUGCUGCUGUCGGCGGACAAGGUGAAGGAGCGAGCGGAGCUGAUCGCUCAAGGCUUCCCGGGCUGGACCAGAGGGCACUACUACAGCUUCAUCGACGGGAUGGCGGUGUACGGGAGGGACCGCCUCGAGCUUGUGGCGACCAUGGUGGGCAAGCCGGCGGAAGAGGUGGUGCGGUACGGAGAGGUGUUCUGGAGGCAAGGACCAAAGACCUUCUCGGAGGAGGCGUGGAGACGCAUUAAGACACGCGUAGAGACCAAGGAGAAGAGGCUCAACGAGUUGAACAGGAUCAUGAUGGUGACCAACGAGCUCAUGGAGGCAGUCGACGACCCCUGGAGGAACAUGGAGGUGCGCAUCAAUCAGAGACAGGGCGGGGCCGGAACGGCAGGAAUGCAGCUGCAGCGCGAGUGGACAAAGGACGAAGACCGCUACCUGCUAUGCCUCACGCACUUGUGCGGGUGGGGCAACUGGCGCAAGGUGCGGGCGUGCAUCUUGGCCUCCCCCCGCUUCACUUUCGACUACUACCUGCGUUCGCUAUCCGAGACCGCUUUAGGGAAGCACUGCGAGCAGCUCAUGAAGUCCUCGGAGAAGUAUCUGCAGGAUCUGCAAGACCGCAUGAAGAAGGAAGCCAAGAGGGAGAUGGAGGACCGCGGGGCGCUGGAGAAGGACGAGGCCGCCGCGGCAAGGGAAGACGAAGAAUUCAAGCUUCGCAUCCGGGCUGCGGACAACAUGCUCGGUACGGCAGAGAGAGAGUUGGCGGAGGCCGAGAGCAACAAGCGGAACUUGGAGAUGAUCGCGGAAGCAAUCAAAUCCGGAACGGUUUCCCUGGACAACCCGAACGUGAGGAGCCUCCUCGAGUCCUGCGCCUCCAACGGGAUCGGCACGACCGGCCUCAACACCAAGAACGCCGUAAAGAAGUCAGCAGAAGGGGUGGCAGGGGCAGGAGCAGGAGGCCGCAAGUCUCCAGGAGUAGGGGGUAAGAAGUCCGCAUCUCCCGGGGGAGGUGGCCAGAAGAAGGCCGUGGCGUCGAAGGCGGCGGUGCCUGGCAACACCGGAAACGGCGGCGGCGGCAAGAAAACAAGCGCCGCUAGUUCUGGAACUCCCGCCGCCGCUGCCAACGGGGACGCCAAGAAGAGCGGUGGCGGGGGGGGGAAAGGGAAGGGCAACGCCGUCGCGGGUAAGAAGGCGGACACGACCUCUUCGGACGGGAAGGGGAAGGUUGAUGCGGGAAAAGGCGGGGUCAAGAGCCCCAAGGCUUCUUCUUCCACGAGUAACGCGGUCGACAAGUCGCCUGCCAAUUCCUCCGGCACCAAGGCCAAGCGGACGCCGACCAAGUCGGUGGGGAAGCCGGGGCUCGAGGUUCCGAAGACGCUGUUCCCGGAGUUGGUGCGGCUGAUCGAGAAGGGAGAGUUGACUUCCAAGGACGAUAUGCUGCAGAUCUUCCAGAAGAAGCACCCAGCCUUCACCCAAGUGUCGAUCAACAAGGCGAUCGGGGUGCUGGGAGAGAAGGCGUCUCGCGGGUCGAAGUGGAAGGUUUUGGACGCUGGGAAAAAGUACCUGAGCAUGCCUGUCUACCAGGGGAACGUGCCCGAAGAGGUGGCGGUCCUCUCUGCGUUGUCGGCGAAACGGAAGAGCGGUGGUUCGGAGUCACAUUCGGCAAAGAAACGCAAGUCAACCACGCCCAGCAAGGCGAACGGCGAGUCUAAGAGUCCCAUCACAAACUUCUUCCCACCCAAGACAUCGGGGGCGGCCGACGCCAACGGGGGGGGGGGGAGCUCCGCAGCUAGCAAGAAACGCAAGGCGCCAGCACCGGCAGCACCGAAGAGCCCCGGGCCGUCGCCUGGGUUCGUGGCGUUUUGCAGAGCCAAUCGGACAAGAGUGCAGGCGGAACUCCCUAUCGGCAGCAGCAAGGCAGAUACCGCAGACAGAUUGCUGCAGCUUUGGGGAGAGCUAGACGACAAGGUGGCCGAGCGUUGGACCUCUGGCGCACUUCCCUAAACA